CACGCGGAGCCAUGCGGGUCUUAGGCGCGCCUCUCGCCCGCGCCUCGCGGCUGCUGCUUCUACUGCUACUCCAGGUUUCUGCGGCCCCUGCCCUCUGGACCGCUCCGGAGCGCGGGAACCAAACUUGUCUGGGGAAGAGCUGCUCACCUGCACUGACCCAGCGCCGCAGCAGGGACGUUUGGGGGACAGGAAAUUCUGCAAAAGACGUUCUGCGAGCCCGUGCGCCCUGGGAGGAGGAGGAGGAGCUGGAGGCUGUGGUGCGCGCGGCGCCCUCCUGGGACCUGCCAGCAGCCCCGAGCGGUGACUCAGGUGCGACAAGAGGGGCGGCGGCGGCCAAGGGGUCUGAGGGACCCCUGGCCAUGCUGCCUGGUGCCUGGAGGUGGAAAGGUGUUCGGGCCCAGGGACCCCUUGGAGCUUUGGGGAGGGGGCACCCCACGGCCCUCCAACGCUUCCUGCAGACCUCAGAGGAGGAAAGGAAGGGUCCUAAGGGCGUUGGCAUUUCGGGGCGCAGCCAAGGGCAGACUCUGAGUACGGAACCCGGAACCAGCGAGCUCUUCUACCGGCCUAAGAGAGCCGGGAGACUCCAGGGUUCCCACCGCGAGCACCCACCCAAGUCGGUCAGUGGACCCGCGGGGCACGAAGGGCGGACACUUGAGCCUCCCGGCAGAGCGCUGGCCCAGAAUGGGUCUUUGGGUGAUGGGGUCCUGGACCGCGGCGGCCCCCGCCGGGGAAACAGCACAAACCGGAGCGUGAGGCUCAAGAACCCCUUCUACCCUCUGACCCAGGAGUCCUACGGAGCCUACGCGGUCAUGUGUUUGUCGGUGGUGAUCUUCGGGACUGGCAUCAUUGGCAACCUGGCGGUGAUGUGCAUCGUGUGCCACAACUACUAUAUGCGGAGCAUCUCCAACUCCCUCUUGGCCAACCUGGCCUUCUGGGACUUUCUCAUCAUCUUUUUCUGCCUUCCGCUCGUCAUCUUCCACGAGUUGACCAAGAAGUGGCUGCUGGAGGACUUCUCCUGCAAGAUCGUGCCCUAUAUCGAGGUCGCUUCUCUUGGAGUCACUACCUUCACCUUAUGUGCUCUGUGUAUAGACCGCUUCCGGGCUGCCACGAACGUACAGAUGUACUACGAAAUGAUUGAAAACUGUUCUUCAACCACUGCCAAACUUGCUGUUAUAUGGGUUGGGGCACUCCUGCUAGCCCUUCCAGAAGUUGUUCUCCGCCAGCUGAGCAAGGAGGAUUUGGGCUUUAGUGGCCGAGCUCCUGCAGAACGAUGCAUUAUAAAGGUCUCUCCCGAUUUACCGGACACCAUCUAUGUUUUAGCCCUCACCUAUGACAGUGCGAGACUGUGGUGGUAUUUUGGCUGCUACUUCUGUUUGCCCACACUUUUCACCAUCACCUGCUCUCUAGUGACUGCAAGGAAAAUUCGCAAAGCAGAGAAGGCCUGCACACGAGGGAACAAGCGACAGAUUCAGCUAGAAAGCCAAAUGAACUGUACCGUAGUGGCUUUGACCAUUUUGUAUGGAUUUUGCAUCAUUCCUGAAAAUAUCUGCAACAUAGUCACUGCCUACAUGGCUACAGGAGUUUCACAGCAGACAAUGGACCUUCUGAAUAUCAUCAGCCAGUUUCUUUUGUUCUUUAAGUCUUGCGUCACCCCAGUCCUCCUUUUCUGUCUUUGCAAACCCUUCAGUCGGGCCUUCAUGGAGUGUUGCUGCUGCUGCUGUGACGAGUGCAUUCAGAAGGCCUCCACAGUGACCAGUGAUGACAAUGACAAUGAAUAUACCACAGAACUCGAGCUCUCACCCUUCAGUACCAUACGUCGUGAAAUGUCCACUUUUGCAUCUGUUGGAACUCACUGCUGAAGGAC